AUGUUGAAUAACCUGUCAGGCCAACCGCAGAAACCAACAGUUGGUUUGGACGAUUCUCUCAUUCAACGAUAUAAAUUCAAUAUUGAAGCAGUUUUUGAUCAUGAAAGUGCUCGUGAUUGUUUCCGAAAGUUUUUAAAGGAUAAUUUGAAUGAAGAUCCUUUCAUGUUUUAUGAAAUGGUUGAAAAGUAUCAAAAAACAAGAUUGGACAAGAAUAGAUUUGAUAUGGCUGUGGAAAUUAUGAAUACUUUUAUUGUUGUGAGUGCCAAACAUGAAUUAAACUUGUCAAUGACCAUUAGGAAAGAUAUUCUAAAGAUUUGGAGUUUAACUCAAGAAUUUAAUGAAGGAAAAGCAGUUGAAUUAAUAGAAUGUCCAUCGGACUUGUUCCAAAAAGCUCAGAACGUCAUCUUUUCCGAAUUGAAACAAGAUAAUUUUCCAAGAUUUACCGAAUCUGAACAAUUUAAAUCCUUUUUAAAGAAGGAAGCUAAAAAGCCAGAAUACAAGGACUCUCCGUCACAAUUACUUGAACAAUUAGGGACCAAAAAAGCAUUGGAUAGAUCAGACAGUAGCAUUUCACAGGAUUCGAGUGAUAGUGAUAGCUUUAUAGAGGAAAUAGCAAAGAGUACACCCAUCAAGGAUAAAGAUAGACCCCUAAUUGAUAAUACCUCAAUCUAUGUCACUCCAAAGGAUUAUGAAAUUUUGAAAGAAUUAAUAUCAACAUUGAACGAUAGCAACAGGUGGAAAGUGGCAGAUGAAAAGACUGGAACCAAAACACUUACCAGUGUUAAUAAUUAUUAUAUGAAUUUAGGUGAAGAAGCCCUACCAGUGAUUUGUUUUACUGGAUUGAUGAGUGGAGAUCACAAGAGUAUUUUCAAUCUAUUUUUUAAGAAAUCAUUUGAAAAGAAGAUUAACUCAUUCUAUAAGAGAAAAUUCCAAUUGGAAUAUUUAAAGAUUAAUCAUGAAAAGGGAAUUGAAUAUCCUAAUACUAUUAUUUACCAUCAGUUGGAUAUUGGGUUCCCAUUCACUAAGAGAGAAAUUGUCAUGGCUAGAACCAUCAUACCUGAUAAAUAUAAUGAGGAAACGGAUGAAUUUGAUAGAUUUGUAAUUAUUUCAAAGCCUUCAGCUCACGAUGACUCACCAAUCAAGAAGGAUUUUAUUCGAGUGUCGCUCUACACAGCUGUUGUUAUUGAGAGACAAACAACAAACUCGACCAGAUAUUACAUUUUUGAUUUCAUGGAUAUGAAAGGUUCUGUUCCAAAGGGUAUUGUUGCAGGAUUAUCCAAAAUGUUUGCUAGUGACAUGCACAAAAUGGUAAAGAAGGAUAUUGAAAAGACAAAGGAUGUAGAUGAAGAGCUCUUGUCAAUGGAUGGAUCUCUUGAAGUUUUAAAAGAGCAAAACAAAGCAAUAAGAGACUCAUUGAAUCUUUAA